CCCAUUCCCCCUUCUCCAACUCCUUCCUUCAGCAAAGAGCAAAUUGCCCUAGCCUCCACCAAAGAAAGCAACCCUAGCCUCCACCAAUAGUUGUCGCCGUCUGUCGGAGUGAGAGACUGCUGCCGCCGUCCAUCGCAUUCAAGAACUUCUGUCUUCGUGCUCUCGGGCCUCUCGCCGGAUCCUCCACGUUGGGUGCUCGCAUCUCGCCGUUCUCCUCUGUGCUCGGCUGCUCGCGCCUCCCUCCGCCAUUGAGUGCUCGAGCUGUGCGUGUUGGUUGCUGCUUGUCGUCCGUCGUUAUCUCUGCUCGAUUCUGCCUCCCAGUCUCACUCGAGUCUUGUCUCAGUCACUGGCAUCUCGUGGUUCGUCUGUCUCGUUGCCGGCGGCAGAAGCAACUCGUGGGGUUGUCUCUUGCUUCGUCGCCUUCCGUCGGGUGGUCGCCGACUCGCUGUCGACCGUUGGUUUGGGUAAAGUGGGGAUAGAGACGCCAGUUCAUUCCCUAGAACAAGCUAGGUGCAAGAUUUACACUUUAUUAUUCCUGACUAUUUCUUUUGAGUGGAGCAGUGAUACACACCCGCUUUCUUAUCAGCAGGCUAAGGGAGGGGGACUUGCGUUUUGAAAGGUGAUCUGUCUGAACGUUUUUCUUUUUUUCAUUAACCUGUUUUCCUUUUGUGUACGUAAACAAUAGUAUAGUAUAGCAUCGGGAUUUAGGAAUAUAGUUUGGGGAUAAAAGCAAUAAUAGAUGCAGCAUACAGGUAAGAGGUUCAAUAAAUAGUUACGAAAGUGGUUAUGAAGUUAGGUAUUUGUGGUUAAGGCUUAAGGAAAGGUUCGUUACAAUUUAAUAAGUUUUAUGCCAACCGUCGCCCAAUUCAGCCUAACCAACAAAUGGUUGUGAAGUGUUUGAACUAGAAUCAGUAAAAUCAUCAUAAAAUAAAUUAAAGGCUACAGGUAAAAAACAUCAUUAAUUCAUUAUCCUACUAAUGUGAGCCAUCCGUUUCACCUGGGCCGAAGUUGGAUUUAUAAAAAAACUGGACUUCUAGGUGCUAGCCCAGUAAUCCCAAGAAUAUCAGAAGCCCAAACAUAAAAUCUAGGCCCAAAAUGUCACACACACACACAAAAAAGAAAAACCGGCUUGUGAAGUGGAAAGAAAGAAACUCAUCGUCCUUCAUUCCUUCUUCUUCUUCUUGUGCGGAAGAAUGAGCAGUUACGGUGGUGGAAGCUCGUCGAAACCAAGAAUUGCUUCUUCUCAACCUUUCGAAACUUCUUCAAAGCGCAAAAGAGGAGUUUUCCAAAAAGAACUGCAGCAUAUGAUGUACGGCUUUGGAGAUGAUCCCAAUCCUCUUCCUGAAAGUGUGGCGCUUAUGGAGGAUAUUAUUGUGGAAUAUGUCACGGAAUUGGUACAUAAAGCUCAAGAUAUUGGAUCACAGAGAGGGAAACUAUCAGUUGAGGAUUUCCUUUAUUUGAUUCGCAAGGAUUUGCCAAAACUUAAUCGAUGUACAGAAUUGUUGUCUAUGAAUGAAGAGCUGAAACAGGCAAGAAAGGUUUUCGAAUCAGAUGAAGAGAAAUUGAGGAAGGUUUUUGAAGUGGACGAACCAGUUGAAUGAUGAAUGAGAAAAAGAUCAUUGAAUUGUACCGAAUACACCAUUCCUGUUCUGACAUCUCUAGAUCAAAUUUUUGGAAUUUGAGUAUGUCUUACAUUUGAAAAUAGCCAACCUAGAUAUUUAAAUAGUUGAAUUGUAACUUCCUAAUAUAUUUGUUCUCCUAUUUAUUGUGUCCAUGAUCUUGUGAUUAGAAGAAAAUAAUUUUUAACACCCUAGAGUAACUAUCUUAAACCAAAAAGAAAUUAUUUGGUCUUAGCAGGAUAUUUUUUUGUUAUGAUGUAUAUUGUAUUCUUAAUGUAGUUGAACAGAGAAUUA